AUGCAACGAAUCUGGGUCUCACCCGCUUUACUUGGUGUGCCCGCGCUGCUCCUCUCGUUCCUCUCCCACGGCGCGCCCACCGUGCCCACCGUGCUCGGGGUCUACGCGGCAUUCAUCGGCAGUCUGACGCUCUCCAUCGUGCUUUACCGGCUCUCCCCGUGGCACCCCCUCGCGUCGGUCCCCGGCCCAGCGCUGUACAAGAUCUCCAAGGUCUGGAGCCUCCGCGACGUCGCGCGGGGGGACUCACAUCGUGUUAUCCGGCGAAUGCACAAUCAGUACGGCCCGGUCGUCCGAACCGGCCCAAAUGAGGUGUCAAUCGUUCACACUGAUGCGGUCAAGGUUGUACUGGGAACAUUCCCCAAAGGCCAGUACUACGAGCCCCUCACCGACCCUUCCAUCCCAGCCAAGCCGCUGCUGCUUCUCAAGGGAGAGGCGCACGCGAAUCGCCGCCGGAUCUGGAACCGCGGCCUCAACUCAGCUUCAAUCGCUGCCUACGAGGUGACCUUGGUGAAGCGCGUGUCGCAGCUGCUGGAGAGGCUAGAAGAGCAGUCGCUGUCCGGGUCGUCAGUCAGUAUCAACCAAUGGCUAGGCUAUUUCACCUUCGACUUUAUGGGUGACAUGGCGUUCGGUGGCGGAUUCGAAAUGAUGCGUGAUCGCGGAGACAAGGACGGGCUGUGGAAGAUGAUCGAGGAGGGCACUCAUAUCACAGCACUUCUUUCCCCGAUUCCCUGGGUCUCACCGACAAUGCAGCUGAUCCCGGGACUCGCCAAGAACAUAAAGGCCUUGGUCCAGUUUGGUGCCACGUCUGCUGCCAACCGUAUCAAGGCUGGCUCGCUCGUCAAGGAUCUGUGGUAUCAUCUGACGGAUGAAGCCGAGGUGGAGAAACAGCGCCCAUCGAUUCCCGAAGUGGUCGCAGAUGGUCUGCUGAGCAUCAUUGCGGGCUCUGAUACGACUUCCACGGCACUGAGCAAUCUCGUCUGGCUCUUGCUAUCGAACCCGGCAGUUUACAAGCAAGUCCGGGAGGAAGUUGACAGCGUCUACCCGCGCGGCGACUCGCCCCUCGAUGCGUCCAAGCACUCGCAGCUUCCCUUCCUUACCGCAUGCAUCAACGAAACGCUCCGGCUUCUCCCGCCUGUACCGUCCGGCGGGCCUCGCAAGGUCCCUGUGGGCGGCGGAAAGGUCUUCGCCGGGCACUAUAUCGCACCAAACACGCAGAUCUUCGUGCCGCAGUACACUCUUCACCGCUCCGCAGAGAACUUCAGCGACCCAGACGCCUUCAAGCCGCAGCGCUGGCUGAGCCCCGAGUCGGCCGAGAAACAUAACCCGCUCGCGUUCAUCCCGUUCUCGUUCGGCUCUGCGAAUUGCGCAGGAAAGAAUCUCGCGUGGCGGGAGAUGAUCAUGGUCAGCGCGGCGCUUAUCCACACCUUCGACAUCCGCUUUGCCAAGGAUUUUACCGGGGCUGAGGAAUGGAGCAACCAUCUCCACGACCAGUUCGUCACCAGCAUUGCCAUGCCACUCCAGGUCACCAUGGCCAAGCGGACUUAGUUUGGUCGUUCCAGUACACACAAGUCACUUUUUUUUUUUACCUUGGAAUACAACCCCACAUUCGUUGGUAUUUCUCGAUCGAAAGUGGAAUUUGG